CUCACUUCCAUGGGAAUACAGUUGGUUUUGUAGGCUAAACUGUCACAGUACAUCUUGACUGGCAUGGCGUGUUGGAUUUCUGUGGAACACAUGCAGGAAUUCAGAUGUUAAACUUUUGGCUAAACGUGAGUCACACGCUCAUAUCAUCGGCCUACUCAGCGCCUUACAAAUGGCACCCAGCAGGGAACCGGACCUUCUGGAGCGUCUGAGAGUCGCAAGCGCACACGUCAGAGUUUUAUGAAUAGUUCAAGUCCCAGACAUGCGAAGAGAUGUAAGAUUAUAUUUCCUCUCAUUUCAUCAUCUCAGUGUUGAGACUUCUGUAAGACCCCCUUCUCUUCCAGCUGUGUCCCUACAUUUGUAGACUAAACUGUUGCCUCUGUCUGACGAGGUGCCAUAGCGUAGGAACUGACACCAUCUUCGACCUCCUCUUCCUCCACCACAUCGAGGUGCCGCAGCAGCAGCAGCAGCAGCAGCCAACGCGGUGAGUGCGUCCUGCAGCUGCAGCAGUACCGACACCUGUCGUUUUAAAGACGUGCUGAUAACCAUCUUAGGAGUAAAACAAGGUAUUCAGUGAAACAAUUCACGACAAAACACAACGGGGAUCCAUCGAUAUCGAUGGCUUCACGUGUAGAUAUUUGCGACUCUGAAAAUUACGCAUCGAGCCUUUGAUGGUGAAGUGUUGUAGCAGUGAGGGGAGCGAUUUCAGUGCAUCCCUCUGAACAGACAUACACACACACGCACAUUGUGGAGCCUUUUGAAUAUAAGCUCUUCACAGGAGACAAUGAGAGGCUACCUGCUGACUGCAGUCUUUCUGCUGCCCUUGGUGACCUCAGAGUCUGAGCACUGUAUAAUUAAACAUGAACAUGAGAAAUGCAUGGAGAGGAUCGCACUGCACAACCCGAGCGAUGUCCUUGAAGUGGCGUGUCCGUGGAUGUGGGACAACCUGACCUGCUGGCAGGCAGCCAGUGUUGGUGAGGUUGUCGUGGUCAACUGUCCAGAACUCCUCCAUGAAUUCAUAGUUCCAGAGGAUGAGAUGGGGAAGGUCAGUCGUAAUUGUACAGAGGACGGUUGGUCUGAUCCUGUCCCUCACUAUGUGGACGUCUGCUUCUUCUAUGACAACACCACCAAAGACAUGUACUACGCAUCAGUCAAGGCCCUAUACACAGUGGGCUACAGCACAUCCCUGGUCUCUCUGACUACAGCUAUGGUCAUACUCUGCAGAUUCAGGAAGCUCCACUGCACCAGAAACUUCAUUCACAUGAAUCUGUUUGUGUCCUUCAUCCUGAGAGCUAUCUCAGUCUUCAUCAAGGAUGGUGUGCUGUAUGCUCAGGAAGACAGCGACCACUGCUUCACACACACAGUGGCCUGUAAAGCAGUGAUGGUUUUUUUCCAUUACUGUGUCAUGUCCAACUAUUUCUGGCUGUUCAUUGAAGGUCUGUAUCUCUUCACUCUGCUGGUGGAGACUUUCUUUCCAGAGAGACGUUACUUCUACUGGUACACCAUUGUAGGAUGGGGAACUCCCACCAUUUGUGUGACUGUCUGGGCAGUACUGAGGCUCCAUUUUCAUGACACUGGAUGCUGGGAUACAAAUGAGAAUACUGCCCUCUGGUGGAUAAUCAAAGGACCAGUUGUGGCCUCCAUAAUGAUCAAUUUUGUCCUCUUCAUUGGAAUUAUUAUUAUCCUGGUCCAGAAGCUGCAGUCCCCUGAUAUUGGAGGGAAUGAAUCGAGCAUUUACCUCAGCUGUGCUCAGAAAUGCUUCAGUGAGCCCACACAGGCUGUUCAGCAUUCGUGCAGGAUGUCAGAGUUAUCCACAAUCACGCUGCGUCUGGCGCGCUCCACCCUCCUGCUCAUCCCUCUGUUUGGUAUUCAUUACACUGUGUUCGCCUUCUCACCUGAAGAUGUCAGCAAGAGGGAGAGACUGGUCUUUGAACUGGGACUAGGAUCCUUCCAGGGUUUUGUGGUGGCUGUCCUCUACUGUUUCCUCAAUGGAGAGGUGCAGUCAGAGAUCAAGAGGAAAUGGCGCAGCUGGACGGUGAAUCGGUACUUUGCUGUGGACCUGAAGCAGCAGAGGCACCCUUCGUUGGCCAGCAGUGGAGUGAACGGCGGGACUCAGCUGUCGAUCCUCAGCAAGAGCAGCUCCCAGAUACGCAUGUCCAGCCCGCUGGCGGAGAGUGCCAACAUCAGUCUCCCCACCUGAGCGCCUGAUUGACCAGAGUUAACUUCAAGGUGCCGUUCGACUUAUUGUAUGUACAUCCAGACCAAUCAGAACAGACCAAAGUGGCCCCUCACGCCUCUUCAAUUUUAUAGUUUGGCCUAUAGGAAAGGAGGUAUUUCUAAAAGUAUUUACUGGAGAUUCAUUAGAAAUACAUUUCUGGCUUUGAUACUUUUACAAUUUAAUUUGGUUAUGCAAUAUAACAGAAUUCAUUUGACUAUUGUAGUUGAUUCUAUAGAUUGUAAUCUUUAAUCAUGCACUUAAUAUCUUUAUAAAAAACAAACUUUAAAUCUAGUCCAUUGCUUAAAAGAAUUAGAAAUAAAAAAUUAGAAAUCCCCUUUCUGUUAAUAUUUUUAUGUUAACUGUAGCCCUGUUAUUGUUUUAUUUAUUAUUGUAGAGCUGGUGCCAACAGAAACAGUAGUAGUUGUUGUAAAAAAAAAAGUAAAAAGUCUAUAGUUAAAAAUCAAAUGAAGGUGUCAUAUUUGGCUGCUUGGUGUAAAUAAAUGUGUUUGAAAGUUUCGUCACCUGACUGGAUCUAAAGUUAUAACUCAUAAGAACCUCUACCUUGCUUGUACAAAUGCUCACAAUGUUUCAUCUUAAAUCUAAAAGUUUUUUUUACAACCAGCCAUAAGUACAGAGUAUGUCAAAAGAUAGAUAAUAAUAAUUAAAAUCAGCUCAUGGAGUUUAUAAAUAGUUAUUUUCUGUGUCUAGAUCAGAAUUUCUCUGUUUGGCAUAGUACUGUGGUGUACUUACCUUUUCAAAUGAAAAAAACUGGAGCCCAAACCUGUCAACUUCAUCGCAGUUGCCAAAGAACCAGAAGCUCCUGCUAACUCUAUUCUGAACUAUUUAAAGAGCAGUGCUUCUCAACCUGAUAGUCAAGAAAUGAAUCCAGUUAGGAAAAAAAUCCAUAAAUUACAUUUCUUUUUAAGGAUUUUUAUGUUUGCUUUGUUUCUUUUAAGAUGUAGCCCACACACUGAUUUGAUGCUCCAAAAAUAGUAUUUAGUCAGGCCAAGCUGCCAUACCUAUGCUUUGUUUCUUGUAAAAUAGUUUCACCUGUUUGGGCCUCUAAAAAUAUUCAAGUUAAACAUGCUGAGAAAAUAAAAUAAUUCGUUACUCAUAGCGCAGAAAAACCUGAUAAGGGGCUGUGAGUUGACUUCAUAAUCUUUUUAAAGUUUAUGAACCAAACAUUUUGGAAACCACUGCUGUAGAGAACAUGACAGUACAUAAUGGACUAUAAAAUUUGAUUAACAAAAGAAAAAUAUGGUUAGAAUUCACACUCUAAAGUAAUUUAUUGCCACAGCCAGAGUCAGCACAGAUGUCCAUAGCUACACUGUGGUUGUUCCCUCCAGCUGGUUUUUUAUUUAUGAAGUUGUCAGUCAUUUUUUGAAGACUGUGAAGAUAAACACUACAUGUGCCAUUUAGUGGCUUUUACCUGAAGCUCCUCAUAGUGCUAUGAAUUUAUAUGUAGAGUAAUUUAUUGUAAGUGGUGAAAAUCAAACCCUCAACAUUCUCCUAAACUACCAUAUACUGUAAUUCUUUGCCUAGUUCUCUUUUCCUCUGCACUUCAGCCCAUUGUGCCAUAUUAAAUUGAUUUUCUUUUUCUAAUGUUUCAAAUUGAUCAGCUUGUACAUUCAUAUUCCAAAGUGCCUAGUCAGUCAUAAAUAGCUAUCACUUUUAUUUAAGGUACAGCAUACAUAUAAUUAAAGGCAAAGAAAGACUAAUUUUCUGCAAAGAAUGUACAGAGUGGUUUGUUUUAUUGGGAUGAUUGUUAUUUUUCAGUGUGUGCCACAAAAAAAAUUAGCAAAAUUCUUUUUUUUAAAUAACUUACCCAUAAUAUAAAACUAGUCAUGUUAAGCUUUUUUCUUUCUUUUUAAAUAUGGCAUCUUUGACCAGACUUUAGUAUUAGCUCUAAGUAAUUGAUGCCUUUUUUUGUUUGUUUUUUGGGUAACACUACAAUCUGUUCAAGAUAACUGCUGGUCCAUUUCAAUUCAGCACUAAUGUCAAACACAUAAACACUUUCCAAACCGAACUGAUGCAGGUUGUAACAGUUAACACAAAAUGCUUUAAUGUGACAGCUCUUGACAAUCGUAGAGUGUUGCCUGUUUUUUUUCUAUUUUGUCUUUAUGUUUGUGCACACGCAACUUAACAAACAAUAACUGUCCGAGGGGGAAAUAGUUUAUUAAGACGAAAUGUGAAAUGUUGUGUACAGAAGGGAUUUUUUUCUGUUCAAUGUUUAAUCAAGAAAUUAAUUUUUCUGAACUGUCAUCUGAAUGAAUUGAAAGAAUGUAAUAGCUUUAAACAAUGACUAGAUGACAUUGUCAAACAGAUAAGGAUUAUUUGUUUUCCAUAAACCAGUGCCAUGUGAAUGAAGUAUUCAUGCUUUUCUCUGUGUAACAGUUCAGACUUUCUUGCCAUAAAUGGUGAUGAUGGGAGAUGUUUGGCACAAUGGCUCAUUUCUGAUUUUGAUGACAUUAUGAGAGAUUACAUUUACAAGUAACCUCUAUAAAAAUUUAAAAAAAAGAAAGAAAACAAAAAUAUAUAGGCUACUGUAUAUAUGCGACUGAAGAGAUGAAUCUGUUUAAGGUAUCCGCUCGGCUGCUUUUGAACCAAAUAGCUAGUGAGUGUGAGACACGACACUAUCAAGGGAACUAGAGUCCGAGAAGAUGAUUCCAGCUAACUGAGUAGGUUUUUAAAGGUGGAACAGCUGAGACAGAUAACACACAAAGUGUGUAUGAAGGUGAAAUGAAAACCACUCUGCUGCUGCUUACAUGUUCUAUCACCAGCUGUCACUCUGAGUCACAAAGAGCUCAGAUGGAAACGACCAUGUCUAAAAGCUGUUAAUGUCUGUGAAAAGAGUAGAAAACUCCUACCUUUGACCAUAUCUGUGUAUGUGUAUAUGUGUAUUUGUCUAAGACAAGAAGGCAGCAAAGAGUUUUAGUUGGACUGUAUAGUAAA